GGCUGCUGAGAGGGGACUGCUACGUGUCUGAACGAUUUAAAAAGCAAUCUAGCUUCCAUCUCAGCCCAGCCUCUUCCAUCAAGACAGUCAGAGAGAGAGAGAGAAAGAGUGGGAAAUCCUAUCUAAAGCUUCCUAAUCCCGCUUCCACAUCUCAACAUGUCAGGCAACAAGAAACUGUGCACGGAAAUUCAGAAAUCCACCAAUGUGGUCUAUCAGUCCCAUCAUGUUAGUCGAAGCAAGAGAGGCCAAAUUGUUGGCACCCGUAGUGGAUUCCGUGGCUGCACUGUCUGGCUGACUGGCCUAUCAGGUGCUGGAAAGACCACAAUUGGAUUUGCAUUGGAGGAGUACUUGGUAACCCAUGGUAUUCCUUGUUACUCUUUGGAUGGAGAUAACAUCAGACAAGGACUAAACAAAAACCUGGGUUUCACCUCUGAGGACCGUGAGGAGAAUAUUCGGCGUAUUGCUGAGGUAUCCAAACUGUUUGCAGAUGCUGGACUUGUCUGUAUCACUAGUUUUAUCUCUCCAUUUGCAAAGGAUCGUGAAAAAGCAAGAAAAAUUCACGAGAUCUCCAAACUCCCGUUUUUUGAAGUCUUUGUCGAUGCUCCUUUAGAUAUCUGUGAAAGUCGUGAUGUGAAAGGUCUUUAUAAGAAGGCUAGAGCAGGAGAGAUCAAAGGAUUUACCGGGAUUGAUUCAGAGUACGAGAAGCCUGAAAGUUCGGAGCUGGUGCUCAAAACAAACCUCACAUCUGUGAAUGAAUGUAUCCAACAGGUGGUGGAGCUGUUAGAGGAGGAGGGCAUUGUCCCCCCUGCCGCCAAUGAAGAAGUGAAGGAACUCUUUGUCCUUGAAAACAAGCUGGACUUGGCAUGUGCAGCUGCCCAGGUCCUGCCCACACUGCAGAUAACACAGCUGGAUCUGCAGUGGGUGCAGGUCUUGUCUGAAGGUUGGGCUACUCCACUAUCAGGCUUCAUGAGGGAAAGGGAAUUCCUGCAGGUUCUGCACUUUGGGACUCUCUUGGAUGGUGGAGUCAUCAAUCUGACUAUUCCAAUCGUCCUGCCGGUCAGCACGGAAGAUAAAGAACGUUUGGGCUGCUGUUCAGCCUUUGCGCUUGUAUACUCGGGUCGUAGAGUGGCCAUACUUCAAAACCCAGAGUUUUAUCUGCACAGAAAAGAGGAACGUUGUGCACGACAGUGGGGAACAACCUGUGAAAAGCAUCCCUACAUUAAGAUGGUGAUGGAAAGUGGAGACUGGCUUGUUGGAGGUGACCUUCAGGUACUGGAGAGGAUUCGGUGGAAUGAUGGUCUGGAUCAGUAUCGCCUAACUCCUCAGGAACUCAAGCAGAAGUUUAAAGACAUGAACGCUGAUGCCGUUUUUGCAUUCCAGCUCCGUAACCCUGUUCAUAAUGGCCACGCUCUACUGAUGCAGGACACGAGACACCGGCUCCUGGAGAGGGGCUACAAGCGGCCGGUGCUGCUCCUGCACCCACUUGGGGGCUGGACCAAAGAUGACGAUGUCCCGCUGGACUGGCGCAUGAAGCAGCAUGCGGCGGUUCUGGAAGAAGGGGUGUUGGACCCGCAGUCAACCAUUGUAGCCAUCUUCCCAUCACCCAUGAUGUAUGCCGGGCCAACGGAGGUUCAGUGGCACUGCAGGUCCCGUAUGAUUGCCGGAGCCAAUUUCUACAUUGUAGGCCGUGAUCCUGCGGGCAUGCCUCAUCCUGUCACUAAGAAGGAUCUGUAUGAGCCAACACAUGGAGGGAAGGUUCUGAGCAUGGCACCGGGUCUAACGUCUGUGGAGAUCAUACCCUUCAGAGUUGCUGCAUACAAUAAGGAUAAGAAGUGCAUGGACUUCUAUGACCCAGACAGACAUCAAAGUUUUGAUUUCAUCUCUGGUACUCGUAUGAGAGCGCUCGCUCGUGAAAAUAAAAAUCCACCUGAUGGCUUCAUGGCUCCCAAGGCUUGGAGGGUGCUGACUGAAUACUAUUCCUCACUGGAAAAGAACAAUUAAAGUUUUACAAUACAAAGGGCAAUUUUUGGAGUGUGAAAUUAGCUGUUUCCUUACUUGCAAUUUUUCCUCUCUCUAUUCUCUUAAUUCAUGCAAUUAUUAAAUCUUAAUUUGAUUUGAUUUACAGUUAUUAACAAUUGGUUUCCAAAUGACAGAAUGAAAACCUAGCUGGGAAAAUAGGUUACUGUUCAUUGCAAUUGUUAAAAUGCUAUUUAUUUCCUUAUCAUGUUUAAAUAAAUGUAACAUUCUUUUUGGUCCAUUGCUGUAGCCAUUAACUUCAUAUUAAUAUAUAAAGUAAUAACCAAGCAUAAGUGGGAACAAUUUGAGAUGUUUUAACAUUAUAUGGAGUUACUUCUCAAAGUGAAUGCAACACUGUUCUAAGUGUUUCCUGUUGGUGGUUUGCAUUAAGUUGAAUUACCUAACGUUGACAAACUGCACUUUUAGUGCAAUCUAAAGAGUCAGAUUGUUGCGAGGUCCUGUGUAACCUUGUCCAGAAUGUGUAAAUAUUAAAAUUUGUAGCAAGUACAAGUCAGUUUUUAUCCUGACAUGUUCUACAAAUAGGACAUGUGUUUAGCAGAAUUUUAUCUUUGCCAUCUGUAAUACAGUUAGGCACUGAGUUGCUUUGAAGUCAUUUUAUAUUUUCAUAUUUGUUUUGCCAAGAGUUUAGGAUUUAAAGGGAUGAUAUUUACAUCUUAGAAUUCUGGAUAUGAUGAAAGCACAGUUGUCAUGAGCAUAGUCUGAGCAUGAUUCUUUGAUGAUGACGUUAUUGAUCUGCUCUCUUACAAUUGCAGAUUGCCUUACUUUUAAAAAACCCUUGCCCCAUACUCCCAUUUGUUCAUUAUUGACUUUGUAACUUACUGAGCAGGUAAAGGGACAGAGAUAAUAGCAAAGAAGACAAACCACAGACACAGGAAGAAGAACAUGCCUUCAAAUGAUAAUUAUUCCAGUCAACACAGAAUCCUUAAAUAAUUUGAGUCCCCCAACAAUUUUGAUAUUGAUCCUUAACAGGAGGUUGAGGCACUUACUUCACAGCAGUGCAUCUCUAGCUGUCAGGCACUAUCUUCUAAUGCUGCCAUACUGAAUAAAGACAUUGCUUUUUAAUUAAAGUACCAUUUAAAAUCCUGUCUGUCCUGUGGGAGGGAGGGAUGUCAUUUUUGUACCCCAGCAUGGCUCCAAAGCACUGGGAGGUAUCAGACAGAAUCCAAAUCAAACUUUCUACACAUCAGAACAUUGGAGCGUCAAUAUUUUAAUUUUUAUUAACACCAGCUGGGAAUUUCAGUCUGUUAUGCCUAACGAAUAGGUUUACAAUUUAAGUAUUGCUGCAAAAAAGAGACAUGCUGUCAAAGCUUUUCAUCUUAUUCU